AUGGCAGACGGUUUGCAGAAAUGGCCUGGAAGUGAAGAGGCUGACACAUCUUUCAUCGUUCUGGGAUUGUUGGGGGUCGUCAUCGUGGACACGAGCGUGUGCACAACUGGUAUGCGAUCGUUGGCCGUUGAUUUUGCCGAAAUGACAGUUUUGCUCCGAAUAUUCAACUGCUAUCGGAAACAGGUUAAUGCAAUGAGAAACUUCACUGCAGAGUUGCUGGAAGCCUUGGCUGCGUGCCGCAUGGAAAUGGAGCGGGUGAGGCCUGUGUCUGAUUGA